UCAUUGUUGCUUGACUGCGGUGGUGUCGUCGCCAUCUGUUUAGGAAUAUUGUGUUAAUUUAUAUACAAUUUUUUCUGCUGCGAUACUUGGGAAGUAUUUUCCAUUUGAAACAUUGUCUGUUUUAAAUUAUUUAAAGUAACCACACUUCUUUAAUUCUAAAAUGUCUGUCAGUGGAAGGAGUAAAGAGGAUCAGGAUGAUUAUGAUCCAUUUGUGUUGCGUGUACGAGGUUUACCUUGGUCAGCUACUAAAGAUGAUAUUGUAAAAUUUUUUGAAGGUUGUAAAAUCAAAAAUGAAGGCAAUGGAAUCCAUUUAACCAUGUCUAGAGAAGGUCGGCCCAGUGGUGAAGCUUAUGUUGAGUUUGAAACAGAGGAAGAUACAAAUAAAGGACUUGAAAAAAAUAAUGAACAUUUAGGUAGCAGAUAUAUUGAAGUUUUCAGGUCGAAACAAAAUGAAAUGGAAUGGGCUUUGAGAAAAUGCGGUUUGGAUGUUGAUGAAGCAUUUGGUGAUGCAUGUGUUCGCUUAAGAGGCCUUCCAUUUGGAUGUUCAAAGGAAGAAAUAGCUCAAUUCUUUACUGGGUUGGAGAUUGUCCGAAAUGGGAUUACCCUACCAACUGACUUCCAGGGGAGAAGCACUGGGGAGGCUUAUGUACAGUUUGCAUCACAAGAAAUAGCAGAAAAGGCGAUGGGGAAACACAAGGAAAAAAUUGGGCACAGGUACAUUGAAAUAUUCAAAAGCAGUAUGCAAGAAAUACGUUCAGCUAUGGGAAUGGGUCCUAUGCGAAUGAAAACAAUGGGAUCUAAUCGAAUGAGUCCUUAUGAUAGAAUGGACAGACCAGCCUUUGGGCGCGGGCGAGGAAGAGGAAGAGCCACUCCAUCUGGAAAUUUUGGUGAUCGAGGUGCGUUCAACGAAAGAGUUCGUGACACUGGUCAUAAUGUGCAUAUGCGUGGCUUACCCUUUAGAGCUGUAGAGAGAGAUAUUUUUGAGUUUUUUGCUCCAUUAAAACCUGUUGCUGUGAGAAUUAAAUAUGAAGCAAGUGGUCGCUCCUCUGGUGAAGCCGAUGCAAUGUUCUCUUCCCAUGAAGAAGCAAUACGAGCAAUGAAGAAAGACAAAGAAAAAAUACAACAUCGUUACAUUGAACUGUUUUUACAGUCUGAACCAGAGCCAUUCAGACGAGACGACAUGGGGCCGUAUGGUGGCGGACCUUCGCAAUUUAGUCGUGGAGGCAGCAAUGGUGGUGGAAAUCGCCCUUACAUGGGUGACGCUGAUGGUUUUGGUCCUGCUAUGGGACCUGAUGGAUAUGGUCCUGGUAUGGGUGGUGAUAGAGGCUUUGGACCAGGCCCAAAUUCAGGACCUUCAAGAGGUUUUGGCGGUGAUAGAAACUUUGGUCCCAGUACAGCUGGUGGAUAUGGAGGUGGAGCUAGUGCAGGUGCUGCACCUUCUAGAGGUUUUGCUGGAGAUAGAGAUUAUGGCUUUGGAUCGGAAAAACCGUUUAAUUCGCCUUCUGGAGAUAGAGGAUACAGUGGAGGAGACUUCGGAAGUACAGGGGGAGGAUUUGGUAAUAAUGAUAGAAGUUUUGGUGGUACAGCUGCUGAAAGAGGCUUUGGGAAUAAUGCUCCAAGCAGGCAGUAUGGAAGUUCCCCAACAGAAAGGCCUUUCAUGUCUUCAGAAAGAUUUGGUGAUGAACGUGGAUCAAGUGAUAGAGGAUUUGGAAUGACAGACAGUUACAGAAAUGGAAUGGGAGCCAAUUCAAUGAAUGCCAAUAUGAGGUCUAAUGCUGCUUAUGGAAGUGACUCACGUGGUGGUGAAUCAGAAUUCUAUGGAUCUGGAAAAUUGUUUGGCGACAGCAGUUACCAGUCCUCUCCAGGCCAAGGAAUGAAUAUGAUGGGUCCUACAACUUAUCCUGGAUUUUAGUUAGUACCUUCACUACUCAAGAGACUCAAGUUUUAAGUGAAUAUUCAAUGUGAUUGUUUUUGUAUGACAGUUGCUACUAUUAUAUGCAACUUGUGUAACUUUCAUUCAUAGGCAUACAUUUGUAUUCUUCGACAUUUGACUGUAGAUGCACUUACAUAUAUGUUGACAAAACUAAGUGUGUACAUAAUUUUGUUGCAUUUGAUGUCAUUUUCUUUAUGUAAUAUUACUAUUGUUUAGUAUCAAUAAAGUAAUGAGACUUACUUCAAGUUUAAAAAAAAAAUCGUAAUUUUUUUGGUUGUAAAUAACCCUGUUUGAAGUGAGUUUCACUUUUAUGUAACUUUCACCCUUUGGUGCAAACUAUAAAGCUUGCGUUUCCAUAGUUUGCACCUCUGAACCUCUUUAUUUUGUUAAUAAGAUUGCAUAACAGAUUUCACUCUUGCUUUGCAAUCUCAGUAAGCUUAUGUUUGCUUUUAGCAAUGCACUGGUUUUAACAGAUGUGUAACAAUAAUACUAUUAAUAAAGAA